GCCCCGAGAGCUUAUUCAGCAUAUUAGAGACUGAAAGAGAUGUUAGCCUCCAGAUCGCGGGACAAACCCGAUAAAUGCGAAAAGCAGAAAUCAAAACACAACGAGGAAUCCACCGAGAUUCAGACCAUAGGACCACAUAACAGCCAUCGUCUCCAACAACCACACGGUGUCGCUCCAAAGAGCCACAAGAAAGGUCGCCAACGACAUGAUUUUAAAGGUCGCGAUGAGCUGUCUCAGCACAGGCAGCAGGAAUUAUGCAGGAUUCCAGUAACUCAUUUUGUCUAGACCAGGUACAGCCGCGCAGGGCUCGAAUUGUAGUG